AUGGGAGGAAAAACUGCCUCCAGACAAGAUGUAACUAAUGUCACAAUUGCCUUUGUUUCAGAAAUCACAAUAAGAGCUGAAGUCUGCGGCCAAGAAUCACCAGAACUGAUUGUAAAAAGGGGCGAGAAAAGAAACAUAUCCUACUGGGCGCCAUUCACACAUCCUAUUGUUGUCCCUACACAACUUCCAAUCAAUGCUGACUCAGCACCCACAACCACGGGAAAACAAGAGCCUGAAGAACCUCCAACAACCAUCAAUACUCUGUCUUCUUCCAUUGCUGCUGAGUCCCAGGUCGACUCUGUCCACCAAAAUGAAAUCAGCCAUGAUGAAACUGAGGAAGAGCUCUUCACCAACACAGAGCACUUGUUGAAAACAACAACAUCUAUCCCUGAAGAUGUCACAGAAAAGAAGCAUUCUCAUCCUCAAGGAACUGGGUCAUCUGAGGAUAACCUCAAAGAACUGAUUACAACCACCAGAUCACUUGAGGAAUCUGCCAUCACAACUACUAUAAAAACAGACUCAAGUGAAGCACCCACUGAAAGCCCUGAUGCUAAGGUAGAAAACCCAGUUUCACUUGAAGAAAUUGAUGAGCCAACAAAAUUGCAAGUUCAUCAUGAAUCAACAGCUUCAUUUGAGAUACUCUCAGAAAAAGAAAAACCAGACCUGAAAACUACAACAACUACAGCAAUAGUUGAAGAAGUCACUGCUUCAGCUAUUGUUCAGACAACUGAUGCACCUAAAGUUUCUGACAUAGUGAAUGAUGACAACUUGGAUCUACAAGAAGAGACCAUUUCAGAUUUACAAAAUCAGAAUGAUGCUGCUGAGACUGGGAAAACUGAAAAACCUGAACCCUCUCUUCCUGAAAACUUUGGACAGAAUGGUGAGAUCUCUUCAAACACUGAAGCAUCAAAAAAGACUUCCUCUGUCACUGAAGCUGAAGAAUUUACUGAUGCAUCUAAGGUAGAAGGAACUGAAAAACCUAAACUGUCUCCUGAUGUUCCCAAUGAUGCAAAGUCGAAUCCACAAGAAGACAAGAUCAUUUCAGAUUCUGAAACCUCAAAAGAUGUCCCUUUGGCAACCCUGGAGGAUGUUACAAGUGCAUCUGAGGUUGGAAACACUGAAAAACCUAAACCUUCUCUAGUUGGCAAUUCAGAUGAGCUGCUGUCAGAAAAGGACAAAAUUGUUUCAAAUUCUCCAUCAAUUUUUGAAGAAACUACAGUUGCAUCCAAAGUUGAAAGAACUGAAAAACCAGCUGAAUCUUCUUUGGUUUUGAAUGAUGAUGACAAUUUGGAACUUCAAGACAUCUUGUUUCCAAGCACAGCAUCAAAAGAUGAAAAAGUUACAAUUUCACCUGAUGCUGCUGAAAACACUGAAAAACCUGAAAAGGUUCUGAUUGUGAAUGAUGGCAACUCUGAAACACAAGACAAAAUAUUCUCAAGCACAGACACUGUUCAGGAAACUUCCUCACUUUCUUCAGCAAAAUCUGAAGAAUUCACAACUUUGGCAAAUUCAGACAUUACUGAAAAGCCUGAACAAUCUCUGCUGGCUGUGAAUGAUGAAAACAUGGAACCCGAAGCGGAUGAAAUUGUCUCAAACACAGAGAAUCCAGAAACGUCUUCCGAAAAUUUUCAAAAAAUUGAAGAAAAAAUAACAGCAGCGUCUCCGAAUUAUGAUGGACUUCAGAACGACGAACCGGCAACGACAUCUGCUGUCGUUGUCCAAAGAAAACAACCUUCAUUAGAAGAAGAGGAAAUAUUCACGAAUAAACUCCCAACCAAACCGUUUUCAUCAGACCCAGAAAAGCAUCGCCAGGCAGUAAACGACGAAUCAGUCAAUAGUCGUAAUGAUGAGAGUACCACGAUCAUAACAACCGAAGAAACGGCAGCAGAAGAAAAUGGCACAAUGACCACGGAAUCAGAAUCAACCACAACUGAAGGAACGCAAUUUGCCGAAAACAAUCCUCCGAGUCCGUCUUUCCGAAAUUCGAAUGUCAAACCGAGUGAUGAUGCGUCUGAGAAAGAUGUCGCUUUCGAUUCUCCGAAAGAGGAACACGUCAUCGCGGCUAUUUACGACUUGUUAGGAGCGACAUCUGCGGGAAAUCAAGAAAAAGGCGCUCUCAGGAAACGAAAGGCGACUGCAGCAGAUUUUGCUACUGAUGAUGGAGACACGUCGGUGCCAAAGUCUAGCAAUUACAGAGCUGUUGACGCUGUUUUCCCUGUUGUGCAAGCAGAAACUUCGCCUGAAAAUGACGUGACUGCCAGAGAAGCAGCAGAAAAUGGAAAGACACAGCAGCAAAGGAACCCAGGCCACAGCCUGUGGUCUGUUUUCCUGAAUGCUUACAAUGCUGCCUCUGGUAUCUGGGACACAAGCAAAGCUGAUGAGUCUCAGCUAAAAGUCAUUCCAGCUCCGCAGCUGGGUCAAGCCCAGUCUCACCAGCACGACGACGACGCCAUUCUUCAUCACGACGGGACUCAUCAUCGUCACCACAACAAAGUGAUCAAGACUGAAGAAAUUCAAGACGGUGGCAUCACUCAUGUCAUUGUGGGGUCAUUCGACGCCUCCGAGUCGCAGUUUCCCAUGUCAGGUCACGACCAUUUGCUGCACGAAGGACAGUCUUUGUCUGUGUCGUAUCAGUUGUCGGUGGAACCACAUCAUGGACCCGGAGGAAAACGGGGAACAGUGUUGUCUGAGCCCUUGGACCCAACCACAGCCCAUCAUGGAACUCCAGUCCAAGGAAAAGAAGGUUCUCAGUUGGACAGAGGAAGUAUGAUGGAAUCCAGUCAUUUUGCUGAAAAAAGUGACACGUCCUUCCAACAGCCAAAAAUAACCUAUGAUUGGAUUCCAAGUAAUGGGCCUGAAAAACGCACAGAAGACAAUCAUGAAAAUUACAAUCCCAAAGAAAAUGUCCCAACAGUAGCAGUUUCAAGCCAUGCAACCUUGAAAUUACCCAGGAAACCAAUCAUUCAGGAGGACUUUGAAGAGAAGCUUUAUCUUACCAAGGAAAGAACUGCUGAGGAAAAAGAUACAGGUGCAUUCUUCCUUCCAGGAGCAUUUGUGAAAGCUAAAUUCAGGCCAGACACCUUGGAGGAAACUGUGGCUGACAUUGUUUCAGAUUCUCAAGCAAUUCUUUUGGAGAAUCCCAACAAGAAAGUGGAUGUGAUUCCUGAUGAGAAAGUAAAAAUACCACUUUUAGUCAACCCUGUGAUUCAAGAAGAGAAGGAUAUUAUGGGAGUUAUGCCAGCUGAUCCAGCAACAGAAAAGGACCCUGCUGAGACAGAAAUGAAAUCAGUAAACACAGCUGAUUCUAGUGCUACUACCGCUACAACAGCUCCAGGUCCAGCAGACAAUAACGAGCCUGUGAUAUUCGAGGCAGCAAUUUCAGUUCCGAAAUUCAGUCAAAAGUUGAAACCCCUGAAUGCCCCGAGCAAGGUCACGCCUUAUCCAAUGCUGAAAAAGAAGGACGGUAUACUGGUCCUUGGGUUUGAGUCUUCAUCAUCAAGCCCCAUCAUUUCAACCACCAGCAAAGCCACAACUGUCAAAAUUGAGGAUUUGUUCAGAAAUGUGCAGAAUCCUCAGGUCCCCAGUGUUGUGAUAAUCUCGGGCAAAUCGAAAACCAGACAACAGAGGCGUCUGGCAGUUGAUGAGAACAAUGAGUUAUUGAUGAGGGAUCCUGUUGAGGCAUUGAGACGAGGACAUGAAAAGUUCUUCAGGUUUCUUGAAACGCAGCCGACAGAUUUCGUCGAUGCAUUUUUGGAUGGAAGAAUAAACAGCAGGCGAAAAAGGGACGCUGGUCAUCCUGGUUUCGGAAAGGGCAUCAGCUGCGACUGGAGCAUCAAGGCUGAAGAUCCAAGUUUAUUCCUCCUGGUGACCUUCAGGAACAUCAGUGCCCCGUUUUCCAUUGAUUGCCAAGGUGCUUACAUCGAAGUGGAGCGAGAAAAUAACGGGUUCCAAGCCCGCUGGUGCGACACAAAAAUGCCCGACCCCAACGGAGCGAGACAAAAUAUAAUCUUGGCGAGAUCCGAGGUGAGACUCGGGAUUUUCGAUGACGAAGCGUCGGGUAAAAAUAUGCCGACCGGCUUCGACGCAGAAGUUGAAGUAAUUGACAUCAGGGACUCGAGAAAUUACGAGAAGUUCCGCAACUCCAUGGCGUACGGGCAAUUGCGGCGUUUGACGAACGGGCGAUGAAGCUGAAAUAAUAUAAAUAAAUACAACUUGGACUCUUUUUUUUUUUAAGAAAUUGAGUGACAAAAAAAACGAAGAAAAGCAACCAAAUCGUCCACGCCGUCCUUUGAACAUUCCUCGACUGCUGAGAGUACUGAAGAAAAGUCCUUGAUAUGUUGAGUGAGGAAAAAUACUGCAAUUUCAGUGCAUCACACUUUUUUUUGUUGUGUAAUGAUUUGAACGUUUUGUUGUGACUGUUGGAAUGAUUGAGGGCUCCAGUCAAUAAAUUGGCUGUCGUGUUUUUGCAAGGAAA